AUGUUGUCCGCCGACUUAGCUCUGCUAUGCAAGAUCGCGGAUCAAGCGGUCAAGUCUACCAACAAAAUACCCAAAGCAGCUCUCGUAGGCAAAGCCGCCACCCAAGCGGUCAAGUCUAUCGACAAAACACUCAAGGUAGUUCCAGCAGGGGAGAUCCAAUGGCCUAUGGAAAAUUCAACCCGACCCCAAGGGAACAAGCCCAAAUGGCAUGGGAGUGGGAGCAAGCACAGAGGGGCAACCAAGGCCAAUACAGACGACACUGAGAUAUCAAGAUGUCUGGUGGAUUUGGGACUCGUGGAGGAUUUUGAAGGAUUUUGGAGGAAUUUAGCAAUUGAUGUCAGAUCAUCGACUCUCACAAUGGGUAUGAAUUUGGCAAUUGUUUUUGCCAACCAUAUCCCCCAAGCCCAACAGCCGCGCCAUAUUGAUUAUAUCCCCGAUGGCCAUUCCUUAAGUCGUCAUAUCCCCAUGUAUUACCAUAAUCAGCCUACCACCACCCCCGACGACGUUGAGGAGCGUCAUAUGAAAGUCUGUCGAAUCGAUCGGACUGAGUUGUAUGACGACGUUGAUGAGGAUGACUUCUCCUAUGAUGAGGUCGGGGUGGAGGGGCACGGCCCGUUGGUCGAUUCCAAUACGAAGGGCUGUUCGAUGCCAUGUGGUCCAUCCAAGAGCCGAUCAUCCCCUGUCUCUCUCUAUCGUAUUCGUUGGGACGAGGAGUUCUCGGGCGGUGGUUUGGGUAGUGGUCAGUGUAGAUUCCGCGACGGUUGA